GUGGAAAGGACCUGAUUGGACGGCUCUGCGUGACGCAGGGGUACGUGAAAAAGCUGAUAACUAGUUAAGAAGGCAGUUUGUAACUCUGGAGAAAAAAGGAGUGCAGAGCUUGAAGACUAUACAUUACGCAGUGGACGUGGAAAGGAAACCGGCGCGCUAUUACGCAGAGAGUGGAGCUGAUAGACGCUGCGUAAAAAGUGACUGGAAAUAGAGGGACAAUGGUGCAGCACACAACAGACAACAGCGAGACGGACGGGAGCAUGUCCAGAGAGGCUACCGACUCGGAGGAGAGUGAGUUUAUGGCGUGCAGCCCCGUGGCCAUCAUCAACCCGGACUGGUGCAAGACGGCCACCGGGCACAUCAAGAGACCCAUGAACGCGUUCAUGGUGUGGUCCAAGAUCGAGAGGAGAAAGAUCAUGGAGCAGUCGCCGGACAUGCACAACGCGGAGAUCUCCAAGCGGCUGGGGAAGCGGUGGAAGAUGCUCAAGGACGCAGAGAAGAUCCCGUUCAUCCGAGAGGCGGAGCGGCUGCGGCUCAAACACAUGGCCGACUACCCAGACUACAAGUACAGACCCAAGAAGAAACCAAAGCUCGACAGUAGUAGUAGUAGUAGUUCCAAAUCAUCAGCAGGAGCACAGACGUCUCCGGAGAAGUGCGGCAAGAUGGCAAAGACUCCCAGCAGCAAGAAGUGUUCCUCAAAGAUAAAGACUAGUAAUAAUAAUAACAAGAGCGGUGCGAAGUCCUCCGCGCACCACCACCACCACCACGGCUACGGAGACGACUGCGCGUUUCCGAGUUUAAAAGUUACAAAGACUGUGAAAGUGGAGCUCACCGACGAGGACGACGACGACGAGUACGAGGACGACUACCGGAUGGGGAUUAGGGCGCGCGACGCGGAGCGCCUGAGGCCGUACAAUGUCGCCAAAGUGCCCGCGAGCCCCACUUUGAGCUCCUCUGCGGAGUCCGAGGGCGCGAGCAUGUACGAAGAAGUGCGGAGCAGCAACAACAACAACAACAACAGACUGUUUUACAAUAUCAAAAACAUUACCAAGCAGAGCGCAUUGCACGCUGCUUCUGUCUCACCAGCAUCCUCCAGGUCGGUCUCCACAUCCUCCUCCAGCUCAUCCUCCAGCUCCUCCAGCUCCAGCAGCAGCAGCAGCACUUCUGGAGAGGAUGCGGACGAUUUGCUGUUUGACUUUAGUUUGAAUUUCGCCCCCAGCGCCCCAGGCUCGGAGCUGGGCAACCCCAAUUCAGGAAACCUCUCCCUGUCUCUUGUGGAUAAGGACCUGGACUCUUUCAGCGAGGGCAGCCUGGGCUCUCACUUUGAGUUCCCAGACUAUUGCACGCCAGAACUCAGUGAGAUGAUUGCCGGGGACUGGCUGGAGGCGAACUUUUCCGACCUGGUCUUCACAUACUGAAGAAAAAACACAACACCAAGUUUUCCUCUAGUAAUAACAGAGAAGGGAGAAAAGUAAAUUAUAUAUGUGUCCUUGGUCAAGUUGUCCCCUAGCCCUGCCUCCUUGUGGGUUUUUCUGAAGGGUCCUUCUUGGAGGGGAGGUUUGGAGGAGGACCAUGCAGGAGGAGAGGUGCAGGUUUGAGGAAUGAGAUGCUUAUGAAGCUGGUAGCAAAAAAAAAAAAGUCUCCAGACGUUUUUUUCUGGCAGCAUGACAGGGUUUUAUGGAUUUUUUCCUCCUCCCCAGUAGGUCUGCAUUUACUGUUCAGCUUAAACGGACCACAAAAAGGGAAAAAUACGUGAACUUCUAUGCAUCUUAUCCUCUUAAAAACUAAAAAGAAAAAACUGCAGGGAGCUAAAAAAAAAAAACACACAAAAAAAGUGGACUGUGGACUGACUCAAAGCAAAUCUGUGAACUGACAAUUGUUCAGGAUGUUACUUUACAACGGUUUAUGUAAUUUCUAAAUGCCGCAAAAAUGUUUGUUUCUUUUUUGUAACUGAUUCAGUUUACCUCCUGGUUUUUGGUAAAUUACGCAGCCUAAACCUCUGCAGAAUACAGGUGCGGAGGGAACAUUUUGAUACAUAACAGACCUCAUCUUUUUAAAAGAAAAAGUAAGAUAUUUUCAGGCAUAUUUUUGUACAGUUCAAAAAGGGAAUGUACUUACUGUGCUUUCAGUGAGUUUCAGGCACUUCUUCCCUUUAUCAUUUGUUUUUUCAGCAUGCAAGGGAGUCCUGGUUUUAAGGAUUAAGUUAAAUUAAAGACUUGCAUCAAAAAUGCCUUGUGAUUUCAAAACUAGGUUUUGUACAGUUGUAGAGCAGAUUUGUCGAGUAUUUGUAGACGAUACAAUGGCAUCAUGGGGGAACACAUACCUCAGAGCUGGAACUAGUUUCAAGAUUGUAUAUGUACUGUAAUAUAGUAAAGUUAGGAGUUUAUGUAUAUCAUACUCGUGAUAUGUGGAUGGGUCCCGAUCGCAGGUGUGAAACUGGAUUUUGGUAUUUUUUAUGGCACAUACUGUUUUUCCCCCUUCUCAUUUUUUUGUGCAAUAUAUACUCUUAAGAUUCAGACCAUCAACAAUUGUAGCAAGUGAUGGAAAAACAGACUUGUGCACUGUCAACAUCAUUUCAUGUUAUGAUGCUGAAGCCUGUCCAGGGCAGAAAAAUAAACAAAUCAGCUGGAACUGAUACAAAACACUAUAAUAUGGCCUCAUGGUGUGUGAUGCAUCCUAUAUAAACAGAUUGAUAUCACAAUUUGAAUGUAAUUUGACUCAUAAAUGGGCAUAUCUGACGCCAAACAGAAGCUGACUGAAAAUUAGGGGGGUUCUGCAGAAAGGGCAUAGUCUGAUACAAGUGGUGGUCUGGCAUUUAGUUUAACAAGCAAGCAAAAAAGAACAUUCCAUAGUCCUGUUUCAUGAAAUGAAACUUUAUUUUAAAACUGAAGACUGCCUUCUUUUUUUAAAAAACAUUAACCAUAAACCUGUAUUUUUUAUUUCUUGCACUUAAAAAAAAAAAGCAGAUAUUGUUUAUUUUUAUGUGGGUCUUACAUAUGAAGUCUGUUUGAUAAAAAGGUUUUGGAAUAUGACCUAAUUAUACGCCAAGACGUUUUGUUGGGAGUUCUGGGCAGUAGUUACUUCACAUUCCAAGUGUGAAUCUGUCUUUGACUCAUCUUUUAAUAAAUAAGUACCUACCACCAUCGACUGUCCUUUCAGUUUGUGAAUAUAUGUACACAGAUGUGUUAUUUGUUGCGUUUGCAAAGGAUGUGAUGACAGAGUGAUGCCUAUUUUGUACAUAGGCGGAUGCUCUGUAAUGGAUGGGCUCAAACUAACAUGUGAAUUCACAUUUAAUAAAAAGGAAAAAAAGGAAACUUUUAAA